AAACUUAAAUCCCAGUUAUACGUGAAGUAUCCAGAAAGAAAAAAGCAUGAAUGGAAAGAGAGGUAUAAAUUGAGUGGCGGGUGAGGUUUGUUGAUGCUGGAGACGACAGUAUUGAUGCAAGAGAAAUAGAAUGCAGUAAAAUCUGAAUGCACCGAAGAGAGGAAGAGAUAUACGGAGUAAUAUGAUUAGAACUAAAUUAGGAUCCAAGCUGCCGCCCAGAUUCUUGAGUUAGUACAGGUACAGCCCACUAGUAAGUAUAUUGGCAGAAGAAGAAGAAGAAGAUGAAGCUUUCCCUUAAACCCACAUUGAUGAAUUCCAGACCCAAAUCCAAGCUUAUCCCCAACUGCACGAUCUAUAAUAAUGCAGAAGAAGAGCAUAACCGCAUUGGCGCUAGCGACGAAAAUUUCAUAGGAACCCUAAACUCCAUCGUUAGGGGAAAUAAGAGCUGGAAAGUGGUCCUCAACGACCCGUUCAUUUCGACCCGAAUCAAACCUCCCCACAUCGAGCGGGUCCUUGUGCAUAACCAACACGACUCCAGACCCUUCUUCAAAGAGGAUUGAAUCCCAGAUUAGUUUUCCAUGAACUUCUCAAUUGUUAUAAAAGAUUCAAUUUUUCUUCCACUUCCGGUUUCGAUUUACUGAUUCAGAGCUAUGUUCAGAAUUGGAGCUUAUUAGAUGCUGUGUUGAUUGUGAGACUUAUGAAAGAUUGUGGAAUAAUUCCAGAGGUUAGGACCUUAGGUUCUGUUUUCGGUGGAUUGAUCCGAAUAAGGAAAUACAAAUUGGUUAUCAGUUUGUUUGACGAGGUUUUGUGUUCAGGCAUCCGACCAGACUCUUUCAUGUCCACUGCCGUGGUCAAGAGCUGGUGUGAGCUUCAGGAAGUUGACAAAGCCAAGGAAAUGGUGAAAUGCGUCGAGAAAAAUGGUCAUGAAUUGAAUGUCAAUAUGUAUAACACUUUGAUCCAUGGGCUAUGCAAGGGAGGGAGGGCAGAGGAGGCACUUGAGGUGAAGAUCUCAUUGUGUCCAAAUGGGCUGACUCCGGAUGUGGUCACAUACCAAACCCUAGUUCUUGGGUUCUGUAGAGUCUUCCAAUUCCACAUUGCCCGAGAUUUGGUAUGUGAGAUGUUGGAUUUGGGUUUAGUUCCUAGUCCUGGUGUUCUAUCCGCUGUGGCUGAUGGGCUAGUAAGGAAAAAUGGUGAUAUUAUGGACGCCUUUUCCUUGGUGGAUCGGGCAAUGAAUGUGGGUGCGGUCCCGGGUUUAGUUUCAUACACUAAUUUAAUGAGUUUGUUAUCUAAAGAAGGAAAGUUGGAGGAAGUAAUGAUUCUUUGGGAUAGAAUGAGGCGGAAUGGAUUGGCACCGAACGGUGUAACUUACUCUGUUAUCAUAGACACUCUGUGCAAAAAUGGGAAACUGACUUCCGCUAUAGAGGUCUUCAACAGUAUGGAAGACGCGGAGCCACUAUCAUCAGUUUAUCCCUACAACUCUUUGGUCAAUGGCUAUUGCAAGGCGGGAAAACCCCAAACAGGGCAUUCCAUGUUGAAGAAGAUGUUUGAUAAAGGAAUCUCCCCAAACGUUGUGACGUAUACAUCCUUGAUAGAUGGGUAUUGCAAGGAAGGGGAAGUACAAAAGGCGCUUAGCCUUUUUCAUGAAAUGCUGGGUAAAAACGGCAUCACCCCAAACGAGUACACUUUCACCGCGAUCAUAUCUGGUCUGUGCAAUGCCAACUUGGUUGGAGAGGCAAGAAAAAUCUUCGAUGACGUUUCAAGCCCAAAUGAGAUCACAUAUAAUGUCAUGAUCGAAGGGUAUUGUAAAGCAGGAAACAUAACCAUUGCCCUUCAACUGUUUGAUGAAAUGUAUGAGAAGGGUCUUGUCCCCGAUACAUACACUUAUAGGUCACUCAUAUCCGGUCUUUGCUCUUUGGGCAAAGCAAAGGAGGCAGAAAAAAUCAUGGCAGAUCUUAAAAGAGAAAACUGUAAACCAAUCCAGAUGUGCUUGUCUGCUCUUGUCCAUGGUCUCUUUAUAUCCAGAAGAGUCAAAGAUGCAUUUGCCACCACUGAUGGGAUGAAGAUGGAUAUCGUUUGUUACGGUGCACUCAUAGACGGGGCAUUAAAGCAUGAUAAGAAACAAUUAAUGAGGAUAUUGAAGAAGAUGCAUGAAGAAGGAUUGAGUCCAGACAAUGUGAUAUACACCAACAUCAUUGAUUCAUACGGGAAAGACGGCGAUCUUUGGAAUGCGUUUGGCUGUUGGGAAAUUAUGGAGAGUGAAGGGAUCAUUCCAAACGUGCAAACAUACACUGUGAUGAUAAAUGGUUUGUGCAAAGUGGGAUUAGUUGAUAAAGCUGAGGCCUUUUGCAAGGAGUUGUUUUCCGUUGGUUUGAUGCCAAACAAGUUUACUUAUGCUUGUUUUCUUGACUGGUUAACCCGAGUUGGGUCGAUAGAAAAAGCUGCGGAGUUGCAUAACACAAUGCUCAAGGGCUUUCUUGGAAGUGUUGUGACUUAUAAUAUACUCAUUCGGGGUUUUUGUGAAUUGGGCGAAAUUGAUAAAGCUACUGAUACAUUAGUUGAAAUGAGAGAGAGAGGGAUGUUUCCUGACUGUGUCAGUUAUUCCACUGUCAUUAAUGCAUUCUGUAGGGGAGGUGAUUUAGAGGAAGCGUUAAGGUUGUGGGGGUCCAUGAUUGGUGGUGGGGUCCAGCCCGAUAGGGUGGCUUAUGAUAUUCUAAUAUAUGGUUGUUGUGUUGCUGGAAAACUGGAUAAGGCAGUUAGGUUGCGUGAUGAAAUGGUAAGUAGGGGUCUAAGGCCCAAUAAGAGAACACAGGCUUUACUGCCCCAUUCAACGUUUCUAUAGAGAUACUUGAUCCACGAUCUAUAUGACGAUCCAUGAUCUUCGACAGGGUAGCCCGCAUGAGCCGAGCGGAGCCUCUCCCUUGUGCCCAGCCAGAACCAAGAUUUAAGAUCCGGAGAUCGCUCGUCUAGACUUCUUGGCGGUAAACCAAGAUAUUGGCGGGAAGCGCAUUUAUUGCAAUAGAUUUGGUGGUUCGGAAGCUAGCCACUCGCACUCCUCCACAUCAUCAGUAUUAUCUACCUCUUGGUAUUAUAAAUAGUAACAUUUAUUUCAUUGUAAAGGGUUAGACAACUUAUUCCCUCUAACAACAGCAAUUAUUUCAUUGCUAGAUUAGACGAUCAACCCAGAGCGGUCUGUAGAAGAGUGUGUUGUAAGAGUCCUUAUUCAGAGUAAUAAGAUACGAGCCCACUUACUAGAAUUAAUUUAUUGUUUGUCCAUUUGCUGCUUGUAUUAACUCAUCCCUCAUAGUCCGC